AAGAAAAAGUUUAGUCUAUUUUUAGAGUAGACUAAGAAAAAGUUUAGUCUAUUUUUAAAGUAGAGUAAGAAAAAGUUUAGUGUAUUUUUAGAGUAGAGUAAGAAAAAGUUUAGUCUACGUUAAGAUGAUUUGAAGAGUAAGACGUGAGAAGAUGAAGGGUAUGGGAAGGUGACUAUAAAAGAACACAAGGGGUGGGGGAAAGGCACGCUAGGAGUACGACAAGUAUGAAAAACGUGUGCUUUAUGAGGAUUGGAUGUCGACGCUUAGGGUAUAGGAAGGUUGAUAGAAGCAUAUGAAAGAAAAUUGUUUGUGUGAAAAAAACGGAUGGAACAUUUCUUCUGGUUAAGCGUUUUUUAUUUGAUUCCCUUUAACAGUUAUUUUCAAUACAGAACAGAAUACUUUUUUUUUUUGUACGAAAAGGCGAUACAAAGAUGUUUAACGGGAAAAAAAAAAAGUUUCAUGAGUGGUAGUUUCAAAUGAAAAACAACGUUACAGACUCAUUCGUUUACGACAAGUGCUGCAUGCCGAAAAUGACCUCAUGCAACGAUGUUGUCUUUGAGUGACGUCAUUCUUAAAAAACGUGCUUUAAAGGUGUUUCAAUUGUGUCACAUGUGCCAGGCUUUGGAGUCGAUCGACUCAACAAGUAAUGAAAUAACAGACAAAUUUUUUGUAGAAAGUACAUUAGUGUCAGACGACGACUUGACCGACUUGGACAAAGUUCAAGAAGUGAAAGAUGAAUCUUCAUCAUGGAUUGCCUGUGUUGAUAGUUUUUCAUCCAUUGGUAUUGAAGGUUCAUUGAAGCCUUCCACCAAGUCAGCUGGAUCCAAACUGGUUUUGGAAACACCAUCGGCCACUGUCAAGCGUCGCGCCUUAAUACGUCAACGUCAAAUGAAUAUUAAGCAUGUAUCACCUCGACCACAUGACGUAUGCUUUGAUUUUAGCGAGAUUCUGAAAGAAUUACAACAAAACGGCAAAGGAGCGUAUUUGGUCUUUUCCUCAGGAAAUAAUGGUUCUUUUUUUAUAGAAUGGAGUCAAACUUUUAUUACCAAUGCUCUCUUGUUUUGCAAACCAUCGUCGGAUUCGAAUAUUCCCUUAUAUAAAUAUUCUUCGCACGCAAAAGAAGAACUGGCUCGUGGAAUUUUCUCUUCAGCGAGUGAUUAUUGUUCAGCUUUUCUUUUAUAUGUUCGGCAUAUGAGAAACUAUAAUGCCUCUAUACAGUUAUUACCAGAAUACGCGAAACAAGCCGUUGAAUUACAGGAUAUGUUGGAUGCUGUUUCAUUAGGUUUUUAUCACAAAUCAUCCAUGCAGGUCCAUGUAUUAGAUACACAGCCUGAGAAAUGUUUAAAAACGUUGCAAGAGUACCAAGGCGCUAUAGCUGUUCGUGGAGAUAAGGCAUCUGCUCUAUUAAUUGAUCUAGCACAAAAAUCUUUAACAGAAAAUGUAUCUUUUUCAGUGUUUUUAUCCUUCGGUAGUGAAUAUGGGAUUACAAUGACCUUCUAAUGCCUACAGGAUGUUCGCCACACAAUUGCGUUCUUUGCAGAAAGAAAAAUAAAAUCUAUUUUUGUUAGCGUUUCUUUUCAUAGAUAAAAUUCUUGUGCGUGUGAAGAAAUAUUUCCGUUUUUUUUUUUUAAAUCAUCUUUUACAUGAUGUUUCAUUAAAGCAUCAACAAAGUUAACUGUAUUUUUUCUCUUGUUGCCUAGUGCACACUUGUGUGAAAUGUUAUGUAAAACGCAAAAGAUGGCAUUAAAACUCU